AUGGUGGACUCAGCGCCUCAAAAGAAGCGGAAGCGGAAAUACCGCAAGUCCACUCACGCCAUUCUCAAGGAGGAGAAGGAGGCUCUGCUGCUGGAGAUCGACACGUUGACUGCACGUCUCGAGGACCUCAAGACCAAAACCUUUGGAAGCCCUGAUGGAGAGGAGGAGAGGGACCGGCGAUGCAAGGACAAAAUGGUGGAGAACCGCUUAUUACGGCGAGCUGUUCAGGACCAGCAAGACCAGUUCACCUCCGUCCACGCGCUCACAAAUGAAUACUCGCUCACUGACACGGAGGUGGGGAGCGCGCUGCAUCGGUUCAUCCACUUAGACAAGGGUGAGAGUUCUCGGCGGACUGCACUCAGGGCGAUAAAAGACGGCGUGAUCGCUCGCGGGCUCCACCUGCUACAGCGCCGGAAACCCCAAAUCCACCAACCGUGGCGACCGAUGCACGACGACCACGCGUUCGAAGCGUCGAUCGGUGACUACUACGCGUCAUCUUUCGCCAUCAUGCCCUUCAAGCGGUUCAACACCGUGCAACAAGCAUUCGCUGCGCUCAUCACCUUCAAUGCGGACGUCGCGCAGAACCGCCUAGUAACGACCACGCAGAGUGGGCACCAAAUGGAGUCGAAUACGGUCUUCUUCUCCAAGCUCGUGGGGGAAGGCAGCGAGAUAGGCCAACAGCGCGGAUACGGGAUUGUUGUUUGCGACUUUGUGGAUGAAGAUGAUCGGUACCCCUUCCACUCGGAGGCAAGAGUUCGGAGAGACUUGAGCUCAGUCCUGGAGAUCAGCUCCUACGUUCGGCAAAACCCGACAGGGGCCAAGGGAGAGCAAGAAAUUGUGGUGGUUCUGACACGAUGGGUCCAUACACGACUGCAUUAUCCUGGCUUCACGAUACGUCCUGACGACUGGGACGAGAUGUGCCAGAAUACAGAGCGGUGGAUGCAGCUACUGCGGCCGCCCUUAUUGGAAACACUGGUGUAA